UAUAAAUAAUGCAAUAAAACAUCGUUAAUUGCACAGUCUCUGGACAUGAAAAUCAAUAAAUUUCAUCUCUUUGUUUAAAUCUUAAAUGUACUUUUAGAACUGCCUCUUGUUAAUUAUGUAAAUAAGAACAACAUAAGGACCAUGAAUAGGAUAUUAAAGAACUUAAUCUAAUUGAAUAAUAAAUAACUUUGAUUGAAGCCUCUUAAUAAAAUAUGAUCUCAAUUCUAAGAAGAAUGGAAUAUGAGAUUUAAGCAGCAAUUAAGUAUAUUAAUUAUUCUGUUGAAACAUUAAUUGCUCCAAUUGAAAAUUAUAGAAAAUCUGUUAGUUAUCAAACUAUUGAAGAUCUAGGUUAUUUCUUUAAAAAGAUUCACACUUUUGAUUAUCCUGUAAAAUAUUGCUUUUAAAGUAGGAAUAAGUGAAAAAAUUAUCAUAAAUUCUGAAUUCUCUUUACAAACUAAAUUCUUCAGAAGAACAUAACACAAUUUAAACAAUUUCAAUAAUAUAAUCCACCUAAUAAAAUGAAUCGAAACAAUAUUUUGAUUAAGGUUUAAUUGAAAAUUUUAAAUUUAGGUUUUGAGCUAUGUACUAAAGGUUAAUUUGAAGAGGCUAUAAAAGUAUUAGAUAAAUCACUUGAGAUAUGUUCUACCAAUAUUGAAGCAAUAUUUUAUAAGGCUGAAGCAUUAAGAAAUCUUGGAGCUUAUGAAAAAUCUAUUGCAGAAUAUAAUAGAUGUAUGAAAUUUGAUUCUGAAGAAAAACUUGAGUAUAAUUUUGGAAAAGGUUAUACAUUUUAAUUUUAUCUUAUUAGGUGAAGCAUUAAGAGCUUUAGAAAGAUAUGAUGAAGCUUUAAUCCUAUUUGAAAAGGCAUUAAAAGUUAAUAUUAAACAUUUUAAUUCCCUCUUUGGAAAAGCAGAUUGUUUAAGAAUGUUAGGAAUGUUGGAAGAAUCAUUAAAAUAUUAUAAUUUUGCUUUGAAAGAAAAUUAAAAAGAUUUUACAUGUUUGAAAUUUAAAGCAGUUAUUAUGGAAGAAAUAGGUUUAGAAGAUUUCUUAUAAUGUUAUAAAAUUGCUGCAUAAAUUGAUCCAAAUGAUGAGUACAUUUAAACAAAAAUAAAUUUAUAUUCAUAAUGA